AUGCUAGUGGAAGACGAUGUAUCUGCCCCAGAGGUCAUGAUGGCAUUCUACAAGCGACUCUAUCCCUUCAAGUCCGUCUUCGCCUGGCUAAAUCGCCAGCACGCACCCACGCGGCUCUUCACACAUCGCGAGUUCGCCUUCACUCUCCAGGGCGACGUUUACAUCCGAUAUAACUCCUUCACGAAUGCAGAAGACCUUAAGAAGCAAGUCGUCCGACUGAACCCUAGUCGUUUCGAAAUCGGCGCGGUGUAUAACGCACGUCCGCGGGACAAGAAAACGCUCCGUGCUGGUGCUCUGCAUCCGCAGCAGCGAGAACUCGUCUUUGAUAUUGAUAUGACAGACUACGACGAAAUUCGCACGUGUUGUUCGGGGAAAGGAAUAUGCAAGCGGUGCUGGGGCUUCAUUGCUGUUGCCGUCAAGAUUCUAGACCAGUCUCUCAGGGAGCACUUCGGAUUCCGACACAUCCUUUGGGUAUACUCGGGCCGACGUGGGAUUCACUGUUGGGUCUCCGACCAAGAAGCCAUGUACCUGACGGACGAACAGCGGAAGGCUGUCAUGGGUUGGCUUGAGGUAGUAAAGGGUGGACAGGACAUGACCAAGAAGGUCAAUGUCAGAGGAUUACCCGGUCGUCAAUUACAUCCGUCAUUACAGUCGGCCCUUCUAAUUGCCCGGAGCGAGUUCUCCCGUUUGAUUCUUGAUGACCAGGACUGCUUCUCGGGCACGGAACAAACAAAUAUACUUUUAGAGCUUCUCGGAGACAAUAAGGAAAUCCAGUCUCGACUUCGGAAACGCUGGUCAGAGUCUUCGAGUAACUCGGAAGAGAAAUGGGACGACGUUAGGCGUGAGAUGUCCCAGGCAACCGGAGGAGGUAAAGAGACAAAUACCCCGAUUUAUCGUGCAGUCGAAGACAUCGUAUUACAAUAUACGUAUCCACGUCUUGAUGCGGAAGUGUCCAAACAUCGGAACCACUUACUUAAGGCACCCUUCUGCGUACACCCCGCGACAGGCCGGGUUUGCGUGCCGGUCGAUCCUAUCCAUGCAGACCAGUUCGAUCCGGAGUCCGUACCGACCGUCGGUCAAUUGCUUCGGGAACUCGACGAACGAGGCGGAAAUACGGCUGUGGAGACCGACACGCCCGCCGAAAAUGGACAGCUUCCACAUCAUUCUGAUUGGGAACGUACUUCGCUCAAGCCAUACAUAGACAUGCUCGAUGCACAUGUACGAGGACUCAUGGACGAAGUGCGCCAGAUCAAACGGGAACAAGAUGUAUCACAAGACUUCACGUUCUAGCACACCUCCGUUUCCUCCUACUUUCACGUACUUAUUGCUUUUGAUACGAAAUUGCUUUCGAUGCUAUCAAUUUGUAAUA